AUGGCUGAGGAGGAGGAAGGUGGCGAGAUCAAUGGCGGAGUGGGAUCGCUGGACUCCAUCGAGUCUCGGUGGGUGUUUCAGGACGAGGACGACUCAGAGAUCGACGACGAGGACGCAGAGGAAGACGUGAGGCACCGCCGGACCGUAAUGGAUUCUGAGGAUGAUGACGAGGACGAUAAUGCCGAGCAGAGGUUGAUUCGCACUGGGCCUCGCAUCGAUUCUUUCGAUGUCGAAGCCCUCGAGGUCCCUGGCGCUCACCGAAAUGAAUAUGAGGAUUUCAGUCUUGGAAGGAAAAUAGUAAUUGCUUUCCAGACCCUUGGGGUUGUAUUUGGUGAUGUUGGAACCAGUCCCUUGUAUACCUUCAGUGUGCUGUUUAGCAAGGCACCUAUUAAUGGAAAUGAAGAUGUUCUGGGUGCAUUGUCACUAGUCCUAUACACCUUAAUAUUAAUCCCCUUGCUUAAGUAUGUUCUGGUUGUUCUUUGGGCUAACGAUGAUGGUGAAGGUGGUACUUUUGCUUUGUACUCAUUGAUCUGCCGACAUGCUAAGGUCAGUCUUCUUCCAAAUCAGCUUCCAUCAGAUGCCCGCAUAUCAAGCUUCAGGCUAAAGGUGCCAUCUCCUGAACUUGAGAGAUCUUUGAAAAUAAAGGAAAGGCUUGAGGCUUCACUGACUUUGAAGAAGCUUCUUCUAAUGUUAGUGCUUGCUGGUACUUCUAUGGUGAUAGCUGAUGGCGUUGUUACACCAGCAAUGUCAGUAGUUUCAGCUGUUGGUGGCCUAAAGAUUGGAGUAGAUGGAAUUACACAAGAUCAAGUGAUGAUGAUUUCAGUUGCGUUUCUUAUAAUCUUGUUCAGUGUACAGAAAUUUGGGACAAGUAAAGUGGGACUUGCUGUAGGCCCUGCCUUAUUCAUAUGGUUUUGUUCCCUUGGGGGUAUUGGUAUUUACAACAUUGUUCAAUAUGACAGCAGUGUCUUGAGGGCCUUCAAUCCUGUUCACAUCUAUUACUUCUUCGAGAGGAACUCAACUAAGGCCUGGUAUGCUCUUGGGGGUUGUCUUCUAUGCGCAACAGGUUCUGAGGCAAUGUUCGCAGAUCUUUGCUACUUUUCUGUGCGAUCAGUCCAGCUUACAUUUGUUUGCCUUGUUUUGCCCUGCCUUAUGUUGGGUUAUUUGGGUCAAGCCGCAUACCUUAUGGAGAAUCCCAAUGGGGCUGACCAAGCUUUCUUUUCUUCAAUUCCAAGUGGUGCUUUUGCCUUUUGGCCUGUGUUCUUCAUUGCUAAUAUUGCUGCAUUGAUUGCUAGUCGUGCAAUGACAACAGCCACCUUUUCAUGCAUAAAACAAUCAAUGGCACUUGGUUGUUUCCCUCGUCUUAAAAUCAUACAUACCUCCCGGAAAUUUAUGGGGCAGAUUUAUAUCCCUGUUGUGAAUUGGUUUUUGCUGGUGGUUUGCCUGGUGUCUAUCUGCUCUAUUUCAAGCAUUGAUGAGAUUGGAAAUGCAUAUGGAAUUGCUGAGCUAGGAGUGAUGAUGAUGACAACCAUUUUAGUAACAAUUGUUAUGCUUCUUAUAUGGCAGAUAAACAUUAUUAUCGUGCUGAGUUUCAUAAUAAUUUUCCUCGGGUUGGAAUUGACAUUUUUCUCAUCAGUUCUCUGGAGUGUGGGAGAUGGAAGUUGGAUAAUUUUGGUCUUUGCUGUUAUCAUGUUCUUCAUAAUGUUUAUAUGGAACUAUGGAAGCAAGCUUAAGUAUGAAACUGAAGUAAAGCAAAAGCUGUCAAUGGAUUUGAUGCGGGAAUUGGGUCCUAAUCUUGGGACCAUCAGAGCUCCAGGAAUUGGCUUACUUUACAAUGAGCUAGUGAAGGGUAUACCAGCAAUCUUUGGCCAUUUUCUGACCACACUUCCUGCUGUCCACUCAAUGGUCAUAUUUGUAUGUAUAAAAUAUGUUCCAGUUCCUGUAGUGCCUCAAAGUGAAAGGUUCCUAUUCCGGCGUGUCUGCCCAAAAAGCUACCACAUAUUUCGUUGCAUUGCCAGGUAUGGCUACAAGGAUGUUAGGAAGGAAAGUCACCAGACCUUUGAACAGUUACUAAUUGAGAGCCUCGAGAAAUUUAUUCGUCGGGAAGCUCAGGAGCGGUCAUUGGAGAGUGAUGGGGAUGAUGGGGAUACAGAUUCGGAAGAUGAGUCCUCUUGCUCAAGGGUUCUCAUAGCUCCCAAUGGAAGUGUCUACUCACUUGGCGUUCCUCUCCUGGCUGAGUACAAGGAGCCGAGCAAGCCAAUCUCAGAAGCUAGCACAUCUGAGGAGAUGACGUCAGUGCCUCCUACAGAUCCAGCAAUUUCUGAUUCUGAGCAGAGUAUUGAGAGGGAACUAUCUUUUAUUCGCAAGGCAAAAGAAUCUGGGGUUGUCUAUCUUCUUGGCCAUGGGGAUAUUAGGGCCAGAAAAGAUUCCUGGUUUAUUAAGAAGUUAAUCAUAAAUUACUUCUAUGCCUUCUUGAGAAAAAAUUGCAGGAGGGGGAUUGCAAAUUUGAGCGUGCCUCAUUCGCAUCUAAUGCAGGUUGGCAUGACAUAUAUGGUUUGAGGAUUGAUUUUGUGGAUCAAAAUAACGCAAAUUUAACUUUUACAACCGAGUUGAAACACAGGCAAUUGGAGUUAUACAAAAGGCCUUGAUGUUGCACGCCUUCCCAUCACUGCUGCUUAGAUUAUCAACAGCUUAUGGGGUUUUAGUGCCAUCAUUGAUUCUUGGCUGUUUGGUUCCAUCAAUCCGAGAAGCAUUUUGCAUGAAGUUUUGUACUCAGGUGUUCUUCCAAUUUUUGCCGUCGUGCAUUUGGAAAGUGUAUUGUAAUUACAAUGUCAAGUUAUGUGAAUGCGAUUUAUAAUGACAUAAUUCCACUCAAAAGUUAUUUGACAUUGAAAAGAAUUGUUGGGUUGGCAUUCAUUUUUGUUGAGACAUGAUACGAAAUUAAUAUAACCUUAGUUAAAAAAUUA